GACAACACAAUUCUGUUUCAUUCAGUUAAUACCACAGCUCGUCAGUGUGCACAGAAGAAGAUCAAUUAUCUCCGCCUCUUUGUACCAGCUUGGUGAAGCCAUUUCUACUAUUUUCAGGUAGGAAUUGAAAAACUUCUAUUUCAUUUAGUUUAUUCAUUCCAUAUAUAUAUAUAUAUAUAUAUAUAUAUAUAUAUAUAUAUAUAUAUAUAUUUAUAUAGCUGUUCAAAAUAAUAUGAAUCAGGUCAUUAUUUUACGACGAAUGACCGUGCAUGCAUGCCCGGUUAUUGCGCUUUUGCAAUCACAAUAUUGAUUCUCUAGAUUGUAAUCUAAAUCAAGAGUUAUAUAAAAUAACUAUUAUUAUUUUAAAAAUUCAGUAUUGCAUGGGGCACAGUGUACAAAAAGUCGACCCUGCCGCCCUAACACCUGGUGCCGCUUUCUUGAGUUUGAUGACAGGACGCUCAAUUUAGUUCCUUCUAAGGAGUUGCAUAUAAUUCCUGGGUAGAACUUUUCCCUAGAUGAAUGAAGGAAGUUAUUCUAUAAUGUGUUUCCAAACCAUCUAUUCUAUUGACUACGAUUUUAUACAGAUGUUCAGGAUAACUGCGCAGAAUAUUGAAUGCAGUAUGUGGUCUGAAUUAACUUCAGAACGAAUCGACACAGGAAAUUUUUUUCGCAUUUUACACAUAAAAUAAAGAAUUGUUUUAUAGUAAAAAAAGUAUAACUUCUAUAGUCAAAGGGCUGGGACAUCAGAGAUAGCAAGUCCUUUUUCCUAAUAUAAUAUGCCCCUUUUCAGACAUAUCGGGAUUGCAUUAAAAUUCGUAUACUGGAAGAAAUAUGACUAAUCGAAUUUUAAUAAUUUGUUUAUGUAGUACACGACAAUGAUGCAAGUCAUGUUAGUAGCCUUGUUUCUUUUUGCUAAUGCAAUGUGCAUUAAUGCUGGAACAAACUUUGAUGCAACAUGGACCAAAACUUGUCCUAAUGGUAUGUUUACAAACAUUAUGAUAUUGCAUAUUUACACUCUGUCCGAUUUAAAAUAAAUUUCAUUGUAGACUAUGUUGAAUUUUUGGUCAUCAUCAUUCUUUAAUUUAAUGGUGCAUUUGGCCAUAUUGAUUUUCACCUAAUUCCAAAAAAUUACUUUUGGUUAUGAACACUGGCGUUAGAGAGAGUAAAAUGGCAAAAUAAGGUGCAUUAAGGCGCGUUGCAUGCAACUCAGUGGGUUAAGGGAUAAUACGAUUUAAUACAUCAGUUUAGUAUACGUUUUCAAGAUAAUUUUGAGAAAUACAAAAAAUCAUUUUAAACAACAAGGCUUACAGAUUUCGUAAUUUUUGUAAUAUUCGCGCCGGCGAUAUCUCUUUCAGAUUGAGUUGCUAGCUGCACUUCUUUCUUGAUUGCUAUCGAUAGUUUAUGAGUGUCACUUCUGUCUUCUGUAUUCUGACCUCCAAUUAAGUUCUGACUUCCCAAUACCAAACUCUUUUGCGAAAUCGGGCAAAAUUAUUGAGUUGUAAAUAACCAUAGACCGAAGCUGGGGGAUCAAGAGAACAGGAAUCAACCGUGAAAUGGGGAAUUAUUGAUGCUAGAAUACCCAGAGGGAUCCAUGAACCACUAAAUAUACUGUAGCAUAGGUAACAAGAUGAGUUAUCAAUAAUUGAUGCUUAUUUUCUAAUCAAUCAUAUAGGUCAAUCUAUCUAUCAUGUGAGCAGUGUCCAUAGCAACCCUCAUGAAGAUCGUUCGUGGACUUUCUUAUGCCGACCUGACUCCAAAAUCACAACCACAUGUCAGUGGUCUGGAUUUGUGAAUUCCUACGACCAAAAAGUAGUAUACCAAUGUCCAAAUGGAGUUAUUACAGGUUAUAUGCUACAAUCCGUUUGUUAAGGCUAUCCUCGACAAACCUUUAAUUAAUUUUGAACGCUGCUAAAGGAUUUGUUUCAAUAACGAAUGUUAAAUGCUGAUAAGUGCAAAAAAUCAAUUGAUUAUUUUUAAUUAAUUCGUUUAAUGGCAUGCAACCAAUGUUAUUUUAAAUGAAUAAAUAAAUAUAAACGAACUAAAAAUCUAACACAAUGCUCCAUAUUCACAGUGACAGCAACAGUGACAUAAACAGCGCCACAACAUGCAAUAGCGACAGAAACAGUAACAUCGAUCGCGAUUAUAACCACAACAGUAAGAGCAACAUUAGCAGCAAAAGCAGCAUUAACAGCAAUAGAAAAAUCAACACUAACAACUGUAAAACUAACCACUAUAUACCAACAACAGUAACAACUGGAAAAGUAGAAGAGUGAUUUAGUUGGAUCUAAUCCCACAACAUAUCUACAAUUUAUUGUAUGUUCUCAGUAAAAUAAUUUGAAUUUAUUAUUUCCAAUAAAUUAGGUGUGCACUCUACUCACAGCAACGAAGCUGAAGACAGAAGAUUCAGCUUUAGAUGUUGUAACACCCAGAGUAAUUGCGCACGUGAUUGUGUUUGGUCUGGCUAUGUGAAUAACUUCGAUGGUUAUCUGAACUACGUCGUACCCAGUGGCUCUUUUCUCACUGGGGCACAAAGUUUUCAUGACAAUGGAAAUGAGUAAGUCCAACAAAUAUUCAACUACGUUUGUUUGUGUGAUUGUUUGUUUGUCUUUUUGUCUACUGAUCAACAGGAUAACUGAAGAAGUAUUAAAAAAAGGUAAACAGAAAAGUUUAGGCGGCAUAAAUCGCGGCCGAUCCGUCGGUCAAAAUUGUAAUUAAAUAUGUUUGAAAAUUCGAUGAGAAAUGAAGGUCACAACACGCAGGGUUUUUUGGCCUUGCUGACAGCGAGAUAUCUGUUUCGGAUUUGCCGUUGCAUUAUCUUCAAGUUAAGAUAAUUUGUCAACUGUUAGUUAUUAUAUCUUAUGUUAUCUCAACUGAUAGUUAUUAUAUGUUAUUACAUGUUGUGCUGUUUACACGAUUCAGUUGAAAUAACUUAUUAUGACGACAUGUCUCUUAUCAUCUUUCGUUAUAUUUUCUUAGGGAUAGACGAUGGGAAUUCCUCGCUUGUAAACGAGGUUGAUGAAGACAAGUUACUGAUGUUUUUCUAAUUUGACGAACUUUUAUGCCUAAUUACUCAACACUCUUUUUCUAUUAAUACGUAAUUUUGAUGUGCUUGUAACGACUUUCAAUUAAUUUUCUUAAUAAAAUAGAGCGCAAUAAAGUCUCUUCUACAUUUU